GUCCAGGAGUGUCUUGGGUGGCGAACCCACUCCUUCCCGGAGUUAAGUGUGAGGGACACUUCCUGGGACCUGGAAGGUGACUGGGAGCCCCUCUGCUUUACAGAGAGCACAGGCUGAAGAAGAAUAAAAGCGUCUGGAAAAGUUGGAGAAGAUAAAGAAUAUUCUGUGCUUGAAUCAGAAGAGCAACAAAACAGGAAAUGCACAAUUUUGAAGAUGAGUUAACAUGUCCGAUUUGCUACAGUAUUUUUGAAGAUCCUCGUGUACUACCAUGCUCUCACACAUUUUGUAGAAAUUGUUUAGAAAAUGUACUUCAGGCAUCUGGUAACUUUUAUAUCUGGAGGCCUUUACGAAUCCCACUCAAAUGCCCUAAUUGCAGAAGUAUUAUUGAAAUUGCCCCAACUGGUAUUGAAUCUUUACCUGUUAAUUUUGCAUUAAGGGCUAUUAUUGAAAAGUACCAGCGAGAAGAUCAUCCAGAUAUUGUCACUUGCCCUGAACAUUACCAGCAACCAUUAAAUGUCUAUUGUCUACUGGAUAAAAAAUUGGUCUGCGGUCAAUGCCUAACCAUAGGUCAACAUCAUGGCCAUCCUAUUGAUGAUCUUCAGAGUGCCUAUCUAAAAGAAAAGGACACGCCCCAAAAAUUGAUUGAACAGUUAACGGACACAUACUGGACAGAUCUCACUCAUGUCAUUGAAAAGCUAGAAGAUCAAAAAUCUCACUCAGAGAAGAUGCUCCAAGGUGAUAAGGAAGUUGUUCUACAAUAUUUUAAGGAGCUUACUGACAUAUUAGAGAAGAAAAAACAUUUUUUCCUAACUGCUCUCUCUGAUGUUGGCAAUCUGAUUAGUCAAGAAUAUACUCCACAAAUUGAAAGAGUGAGAGAAAUAAGAGAGCAACAACUUGAAUUAAUGACACUGACAACGUCUUUACAAGAAGAGUCUCCACUUAAAUUUCUUGAAAAAGUUGACGAAGUCCGCCAGCGUGUGCAAAUUUUGAAACAAAGACCACUUCCUGAAGUCCAACCUGUUCAGAUUUAUCCUCGAGUAAGCCAAGUAUUGAAAGAAGACUGGAAUAAAACAGAAAUUGGACAGGUUGAGAAACUUUUCAUUCCAGAAAUGAGAAUUUCUUCACAAAGGAUGCCAUGUUCAUGUGUUGAUAAGGAUGAAAAUGAAGUUGAAUUUUUUAAGAUUCUAAAUGUUGUUAUAGUUACCCUGAUUUCAGUGAUUCUGAUGCUGAUUCUCUUUUUUAACCAACACAUAAUAACCUUUCUAAAUGAAAUCACUUCAAUAUGUUUUUCUGAAGUGUCUAUAUCUGUUUACCAAAGUUUAUCUAAUAUUCUGCAUGAUUUAAGGAAUACACUAUGCCACACUUUACAUUUACUGAAGGAGUCCCUGUGGAAAGCCAUUUAUCGUUGAAGUUUCACAUCUGAAUAGGUUUAUUCUGUACACCAAAGACUAACCACUGUUAUUGGAGAAAUAGGGCUAGUAUUGUAGGUAAAUAAAAUAGCAAACUAAAUUUUACUAGAGUUGCAACAAAUACAUGGUAAGCCUUUUAUGCUUCUGUUGGGUAGAAAUAUGUCAAGCAGAAAUGAGUCAGAAGGUCUAGUUUUCAAUCUGAAAAACUAGAAAUCUAGGAAUUGUGAGUAUUAAAAUAACUCAUUUUUUUAUUGGUGUGGGAUUGACUCAGUGUUGCUGUGACAUUUUUUAAACAAUCUUGUACCAAUCUUUUACUAUUAUUUUAUACUGCAGUAUUUGGCUUGCAGCUCUUUAUAUAUACGUUACCUUUUAGAUUAGGUGGCAAAAUUCUGAAAAUGCAUAUCCUUUAUUUUGAUGUAUCUUGAAAUUUUUGAGUGGCCAAGUACGGGUAAAAGUUUUUAAAAAUCAAAGUAAAGUGGUCUGGGAGGUGGCGCAGUGGAUAAAGCAUUUUGGAUUCUCAACCAUGGGGCCCUGAGUUCGUUCCCCAGCAGCACAUGUGCCAGAGUAAUGUCUGUUUUUUUCUGUCUCUCCACCUAUCUUUCUCAUGAAUAAAUAAAUUCUUUUAAAAAAAAAAUCAAAGUAAAAUUAGUCAUUGUUGAUAUAAAAAAAAAUCUCCAUGCUCCCAGAGGGAUAGAGAAUAGGAAAGCUAUCAGGGAAGGGGGUGGGAUAUGGAGAUUGGGCGGUGGGAAUUGUGUGGAGUUGUACCCCUCCUACCCUAUGGUUUUGUUAAUUAAUCCUUUCUUAAAUAAAAAAAUUUAAAAAAAAAAUCUGUGAAAAACUUGAAUGUAAAUAAUAAAUGUUCUUCACAUGUAAGAAGUCUUUGAUCGGACACACCUGA